AUGCACAAAAACGCGAUGAUUCUAAAUUGUCCAACGCCAUUGAUGAAACUCAUCUAUAAACAAGCUCAAAAAAUGCGUCAACCUUAUCGUAAUCCACCCUGGAUGGCAAAAAGUGAAGUCAGUCAACUAAUUAAAAAACAAUCAAACAUACGUAAAAGAAAGCAAACCUCUCAGUUAAAACAUGCAGCGAACAAAACAGUUCAACAAACAUCAUCACCGCUCAAAAAGAUACUAUACAGAAUGAACACAAGACGUCACAUCCUUCGAAAUUUGACAACUUUAGCCAAGUUUGAACCAAUGUCACCACGGAAAAUUUACUAUAUCAAUUGUUUUACGAGAUACGAUAUCUUGGGAGAACUAAUCAAUCUUGUUAAACAAAAAAUGGAAUUUGUUCUCGAAACGAAAUAUGACAAAAUUAACGGUUGCCCAAAACUAAUUCAAGUUUUAUUCGUACAUAAACUUGUAUUACAUAUUAUUCUAGUUGAAACUUUAUAUUUACCAGAACUUGAUUUUUGUUUGCAUCAUCAAAUACGAUGCUUAUUUUCCGUUAUCUUAUUACCAUCGAAUGAAAUUCAAUCGUGGAAUGAUAUAAAAUCAGAUUUACGAUAUUUUUUAAACUGCUCAUUAUUCACUAGAUGUCAAAUAGAAAAACUUCAAGUAACUAAUAUAAAACAAAAAUUUGAAGCUUGGUUUGAAGAAAAAUUCAUCGAUAUUAGAUUAUCUGCUCCGUCCGAUGGGUGGAUGCUAGAAGAAGCUGUUGGUUUUCUAUUUCGACAGUAUUUUGAUACAACACUUUCUCACAGUCGUGAUUGGAAUAUUGGAUUGUUUGCGCACUUCAACACAGAAUGUGACCCGAAGUAUGUUGGUCUUAGUCCGGAUGUUAUCUGCCUAUUGAAAAACAACAAACGUAGAUCAGUUCUCUGUCAACAUGUAAUUCAUGAAUGUAUAGCUGUGAGAAAAAUAACUGCUGUUCUUCAAAAUAAUUGUACAAGAAAGCACGCAGAAAACCAUUUGAUAAAAUAUUAUGGAAAAUUCAAAUAA